GCGCCCGCUGUCAGCGGCUCAGGUCCCGCCCCCGCGGACGCCGGGCCAAUGGCCGGGCCCGAGACGAGUCCCCUGGGAGGGGCGGGAGCGAGUCGGAGCGGGGGGCGGGGCCUCGCCGAGGACCCCGGGCUGGGCGCCGCCGCCGGCUCGUCUCCCCUUUCCCUCAGCCGCCUCCUUUCAACCUUGUCGGCCCGUCGGCGCGGCCCUCGGUGCAGCGGCGGCGGCUCCCCCGGCCGCAGCUCUCCCGGUCCUGCCUCCCCGCCGGAAGCCCGCGUUCGCCCGUCAUGGCUCUACUCACUGCGGCCGCCCGGCUCUUCGGAGCCAAGAAUGCAUCUUGUCUUGUUCUUGCUGCUCGGCAUGCCAGUGCCUCCUCUACGAAUUUGAAAGACAUAUUGGCCGAUUUGAUACCGAAGGAGCAGGCCAGAAUAAAGACCUUCAGGCAGCAACAUGGCAAGACAGUAGUGGGCCAAAUCACUGUGGACAUGAUGUACGGUGGCAUGAGAGGCAUGAAGGGAUUAGUAUAUGAAACAUCAGUUCUUGAUCCUGAUGAGGGCAUCCGUUUCCGAGGCUAUAGUAUCCCUGAGUGCCAGAAACUGCUGCCUAAGGCUAAAGGCGGUGAAGAACCCCUGCCAGAGGGCUUAUUUUGGUUGCUGGUAACUGGACAAAUCCCAACAGAAGAACAGGUGUCUUGGCUCUCAAAAGAGUGGGCAAAGAGGGCAGCUCUACCUUCCCAUGUGGUCACCAUGCUGGACAACUUUCCUACCAAUCUACACCCUAUGUCUCAGCUCAGUGCAGCCAUUACAGCCCUCAACAGUGAAAGUAACUUUGCCCGAGCAUAUGCAGAGGGUAUCAACCGAACCAAGUACUGGGAGUUGAUUUAUGAAGAUUGUAUGGAUCUGAUCGCAAAGCUACCUUGUGUUGCAGCAAAGAUUUACCGGAAUCUCUACCGAGAGGGCAGCAGUAUUGGGGCCAUUGACUCUAAGCUGGACUGGUCCCACAAUUUUACCAACAUGUUAGGCUAUACUGAUGCUCAGUUCACUGAGCUCAUGCGCUUGUACCUCACCAUCCACAGUGACCAUGAGGGAGGCAAUGUAAGUGCCCAUACCAGCCACCUGGUGGGCAGUGCCCUUUCAGACCCCUACCUGUCCUUUGCGGCAGCCAUGAAUGGGCUAGCAGGGCCCCUGCAUGGUUUGGCAAAUCAGGAAGUACUUGUUUGGCUCACACAACUACAGAAAGAAGUUGGCAAAGAUGUGUCAGAUGAGAAGUUACGAGACUACAUAUGGAACACACUGAACUCAGGACGGGUUGUCCCAGGCUAUGGCCAUGCAGUACUAAGGAAGACUGACCCACGAUAUACCUGUCAGCGAGAGUUUGCUCUGAAACACCUGCCUCAUGACUCCAUGUUUAAGCUGGUUGCUCAGCUGUACAAGAUUGUGCCCAAUGUCCUGUUAGAGCAGGGCAAGGCCAAGAACCCUUGGCCCAAUGUAGAUGCUCACAGUGGCGUGCUGCUCCAGUACUACGGCAUGACAGAGAUGAAUUACUACACAGUCCUGUUUGGGGUAUCACGAGCACUGGGUGUACUGGCACAGCUCAUCUGGAGCCGAGCCCUAGGCUUCCCACUAGAGAGGCCCAAGUCCAUGAGCACAGAUGGUCUGAUGAAGUUUGUGGACUCUAAGUCAGGGUAAAACUGAAGACUGGGGGAGACUAACUACCAGAAAGUGAGGGAGCUUUAAAAAAAAAAGUAUAAUUUUGUUUUGUUUCAGGGGGCUUUUUAAGACUUAAGAUUAAAUUGUAUCUGAGGCACUGAUAAUAAGUUGGAGGUUAAAAUAUAAAGACUUUAAGAGAUAAAAAGUAACCCCUUCCUCCCCAACCAGUUCCUUUCUCUUGCCUGGUGAGUUGCCCAUCAACUGUAGGGUGACCAGGACUAAUGCAUGUGGUAUGGGUUAGGUUUGGGCCCCCCACCAUCUCUAGAGUGAGAAUCUGGCUCUCCUUUCCAUGGGUUAAAGCUGGUUGCAGAGAAUCUGCAGUCACUUCAGAGCUUUCAGUUCUGUUCUCUCCAGCCCUCUGUAGGCCAGCAAAUCAGGACUCCGCCUUUUUUGUUUCCAUAGGAAUCAUGUUGGAUUAUCAGCUCUAUAAAGCCCCAUCACCCUCUUCCAUGCACACCGACACUUCCUAGCAAGACCUGUUGGUUAGUUGGACAUCUUUGGCAUUUUUUUUUAUGCUAUCAAGUGACCAUAAAGGCCAUUAACAUUUUGUGACUGGCACCCAGUGUUGUUGGUUUUUUUUUUUUUUUUUUUAAUUAUCCCAUGAAAAUUAAGAUCUGAAGUGUUCCAUUCCCCACUACUUUUGUUCCCUCCUUCCAGAUUUUCUGUACCUGCUGCACUUCAAGCUGAGGGUGCUCUGGACCUACCCUUCUUGGUCCUUACUAGAGACCUCUUUCAGCAGGUCAUAUAUGCCACUAUCUAAGUAAGCAGUAGUCCUUCCCAGUCAUUUGGCUUUAUGAGUGCUUAACAUGAUCUAAGUUUUCACUUCUGCAGAACACAAGCCACUACCCUCUGACCUUUUUUCUCCCCUUUAUUUUAAUAUGCUAUAGGCCACUGAAUAAGGACUUGGGAAUGUCCAGAAUGGUAUCUUCAGAGUCUGGUUCCAGGGAUAUAGGUACUACUUUCUGAGCAGGGAAAUUAUUUAAGAUUGGACGUGGUUUCCUUUGACUAUCAGGUUCAAUAGUAGGCCUCCCUUCUCUUUUCCUGCUACAAGGAAAUAUCCCUUUAUUUAUCAAGGUCCUUAUCCAGUCCCUUCCCCAAGAACUUACAGUACAAUGCUUAUUUCUUAGAAGCCCCAUUUGCACAGGUUUUCAGUGACUCAGAAUGCUCUACUGCCUUUUCUUUAAGAAAGGAUUGAAAUACACUCCUACUGUGCCCCCUUCCUCCCUUGCAAACUCCUGCCUGUGUUUGUGUGGAUCCCUAAUCCCUAGAGCCACGCUGAGAUGGACACAUUGUCUGUAAACCCCUGGGUAACUGUCAAGUCAUGAUCCAGACUUCAGGUUGUUCUGUAUAAAAUGCAAAAUAAAUGUUUUUAUUAACAAUG